AUGAUGUGCGAAGUGAUGCCUACGAUAAACGAGGACACCCCAAUGAGUCAAAGGGGGUCCCAGAGCAGCGGAUCGGACUCCGAUUCUCAUUUUGAACAGCUAAUGGUGAAUAUGCUGGAUGAAAGAGAUCGUCUUCUAGACACUCUUCGGGAGACUCAAGAAAGUUUAUCUCUGGCACAGCAACGACUUCAAGAUGUAAUUUACGAUAGAGAUUCUCUUCAACGACAACUGAAUUCUGCACUGCCCCAGGAAUUUGCUGCACUUACAAAAGAACUAAAUGUAUGCAGGGAACAACUGCUGGAAAAAGAAGAAGAAAUUUCAGAAUUGAAAGCUGAAAGGAAUAAUACAAGACUGUUACUGGAACAUUUGGAGUGCCUUGUUUCAAGACAUGAAAGGUCACUGAGAAUGACAGUGGUGAAACGCCAAGCACAGUCUCCCUCGGGAGUUUCCAGUGAAGUUGAAGUUCUGAAAGCAUUGAAAUCUUUGUUUGAGCAUCAUAAGGCUUUAGAUGAAAAGGUCAGGGAACGAUUAAGGGUUUCCUUAGAAAGAGUCUCAGCGCUUGAAGAGGAACUAGCAGCUGCUAAUCAGGAGAUUAUAGCUUUGCGUGAACAAAAUGCACACAUACAAAGAAAAAUUACACCAGGAGAGGGUCCACCUGAUACAGAGCAUAUCAAAGGAAUGGAGCCUGGACAAAAAAUUCAUGAAAAGCGUCUAUCAAAUGGCUCUAUAGACUCAAAUGAUGAAACUGCACAGUUGGUAGAACUGCAAGAACUUCUAGAAAAGCAAAAUUAUGAAAUGGCACAGAUGAAGGAUCGCUUGGCUGCCCUGUCUUCCAGAGUUGGAGAGGUGGAGCAAGAUGCAGAGACUGCUAGGAAGGACCUCAUUAAAAGUGAAGAACUGAAUAGCAAAUAUCAGAGAGAUAUUAGAGAGGCUAUGGCCCAGAAAGAAGAUAUGGAAGAAAGAAUAACUACCCUGGAGAAACGUUACCUAAGUGCACAGAGGGAAUCUACUUCCAUACAUGAUAUGAAUGACAAACUGGAACAUGAACUUGCAAACAAGGAAGCCAUCCUGCGUCAGAUGGAGGAAAAAAACCGGCAGCUGCAAGAACGUCUCGAGCUAGCUGAGCAAAAGCUACAACAAACAAUGAGAAAAGCUGAGACUUUGCCAGAAGUAGAGGCAGAAUUGGCUCAGAGAAUUGCCGCACUGACUAAGGCAGAAGAAAGACAUGGCAAUAUUGAAGAACGCAUGCGGCACUUAGAGGCUCAGUUGGAAGAGAAGAAUCAAGAACUUCAAAGGGCAAGACAAAGAGAAAAAAUGAAUGAAGAGCACAACAAAAGAUUGUCUGAUACUGUGGACAGGCUUUUGACAGAAUCUAAUGAACGUUUGCAACUACAUUUGAAAGAGAGAAUGGCAGCAUUGGAAGAGAAGAAUGUUUUACUACAAGAAUCAGAAAACUUCAGAAAGAAUUUGGAAGAAUCUUUACAUGAUAAGGAAAGAUUAGCAGAAGAGAUAGAUAAGCUGAGAGCUGAACUUGACCAGUUGAAAAUACGAGCAGGUUCUUUAAUUGAGCCCACAUUGUCAAGGACACAUCUUGAUUCAUCAGCAGAACUGAGGUACUCUGUGAGCUCAAUAGUUGAUAGUCAACCAGAUUAUAGGUCUACUAAAGUGAUAAGGAGACCUAGAAGAGGUCGUAUGGGAAUCCAAAGAGAUGAACCAAAGGUAAAAUCCCUUGGAGAGCAUGAGUGGAAUAGAAGUCAGCCAGUUGGGGUUCUAAGCAGCCAUCAUUUUGAAAGUGACACUGAAAUGUCUGAUAUAGAUGAUGACGAUAGAGAUACAAUUUUCAGUUCAAUGGAUCUUUUGUCACCCAGUGGACAUUCAGAUGCUCAGACCCUUGCUAUGAUGCUUCAGGAACAACUGGAUGCAAUCAAUAAAGAAAUCAGGUUAAUUCAGGAAGAAAAAGAAUCCACAGAACUACGUGCUGAAGAAAUAGAAAACAGAGUUGCUAGUGUGAGCCUAGAAGGCUUAAAUCUGGCCAGGGUUCAUCCUGGAACAUCUAUUACCGGCUCAAUAACUGCAUCUUCAUUAGCGAGCUCCUCUCCGCCCAGUGGCCACUCAACUCCUAAACUCACUCCACGCAGCCCAGCUAGGGAGAUGGAUCGGAUGGGUAUCAUGACACUGCCAAGUGAUCUCAGGAAACAUCGAAGAAAGAUUGCAGUAGUUGAAGAAGAUGGUCAUGAAGACAAGGCCACAAUAAAAUGUGAAACGUCUCCUCCACCUACACCUAGAGCUAUUAGAAUGACUCACACUCUACCUUCAUCAUAUCACAAUGAUGCCAGAAGUAGUUUGACUGCAUCCUUGGAACCAGAAAGUAUUGGCUUUGGCAGUGUCAAUAGCAGCCAGGAUUCCUUGCACAAAACUCCCAAGAAGAAAGGAAUAAAGUCUUCAAUUGGACGCUUGUUUGGUAAAAAAGAGAAGGCACGACUUGGACAGCUAAGAGGCUACAUGGAAACUGAGGCUGCAGCACAAGAAUCUCUGGGAUUAAGCAAACUUGGAACCCAGGCAGAAAAAGACCGAAGACUAAAGAAAAAGCAUGAACUUCUGGAGGAAGCUCGGAGGAAGGGCUUACCCUUUGCACAGUGGGAUGGGCCAACAGUAGUUGCCUGGCUAGAGCUAUGGCUAGGAAUGCCUGCAUGGUAUGUUGCAGCUUGCCGUGCAAAUGUGAAAAGUGGUGCCAUCAUGUCUGCACUGUCAGAUACUGAAAUCCAGAGAGAAAUUGGAAUCAGCAAUCCUCUGCAUCGUCUGAAGCUCCGUCUGGCAAUCCAGGAGAUGGUGUCCCUCACAAGCCCAUCAGCCCCUCCAACUUCUAGAACACCCUCAGGCAACGUUUGGGUAACCCAUGAAGAAAUGGAAAAUCUUGCAGCUCCAACCAAAACGAAGGACAGUGAGGAAGGCAGCUGGGCUCAGUGUCAUGUAAUUAGAACCCUAGCUUAUGGUGAUAUGAACCAUGAAUGGAUUGGUAAUGAAUGGCUUCCCAGUCUAGGAUUACCACAGUACCGAAGUUACUUCAUGGAAUGUUUGGUAGAUGCAAGGAUGUUAGAUCAUCUGACAAAAAAAGAUCUCCGUGUACAUUUAAAAAUGGUGGAUAGCUUUCAUCGAACAAGUCUGCAAUAUGGAAUUAUGUGUUUAAAGAAACUGAAUUAUGAUAGAAAAGAAUUAGAAAGGAGAAGGGAAACAAGUCAGCAUGAAAUAAAAGAUGUGUUGGUGUGGAGCAAUGACAGAGUUAUACGCUGGAUACAAGCAAUUGGAUUACGAGAUUAUGCAAACAAUGUGCUAGAAAGUGGUGUGCAUGGGUCACUCAUAGCUUUAGAUGAUAACUUUGAUUAUAGCAGUUUAGCCUUAUUGUUGCAGAUUCCAAACCAGAAUACCCAGGCACGGCAGAUUCUCGAGAGGGAAUACAACAAUUUAUUGGCCCUAGGAACAGAUAGACACUUUGAUGAAAGCGAUGACAAGAAUUUUAGGCGUGGCUCUUCCUGGCGAAGACAAUUUCCUCCACGUGAAGUUCAUGGAAUCAGCAUGAUGCCUGGCUCUUCAGAAACACUGCCAGCUGGGUUUAGGUUAACUACAACAUCAGGACAGUCACGAAAAAUGGCAACUGACGUUGCUUCAUCUCGGUUGCAGAGGUUAGACAAUUCUACAGUUCGCACAUAUUCAUGUUGACAUAGCUAGCAUGAAAAAGAGCUCUGAAGUAAAAUGCCACCUCUUUCUUCUAUUUUACCUGAAGUGCACUACCACCAUCUUAAGAAGCUUUUUAUUCCAAGAACAGGGUAAUAGGGAAGAAAAUAUAAAUGUUUAUCAAACUAAAAUGUGUGGUGAUCUUUUUACAUAUUUAAUUGUAAUGUGCAACCUGCCAAAUACUACUGUCACACAAUUUUUUAAUCUUUUCUGUGGAGUUGAAACAGAAGUUGGUCACAAGCUCCACUGAAAUGACUGAAUAGUAUGUGGCAAAAAUAUUGUCCAGAUUGCACAUCUUAUGUAGUUUAAUUAAUAAUUACUAAUUUUUAAAAAUAUACAUCAUGACGAAUUUGGACAGUGUGCAGAAAUAAUGCUUUUAUCAAAAGGGGGGGAUUCAUUUUGAAAUGUGUUCCAUCUGUUUUAUUGUAAUAUACUAGAAUUAUAUGUAUUUAUGGUGAAUUUCUUUUAAUAUGUGUCUCAUGUAAAUGGAUAUAAAUAUGAUUUUUUUAAAAAAAAUAUGUGGUACAUGGGGUCUUAGUGCAAACACUUGACAAAUACAUUGUCAGGUAUACUGUUUGUAUCUUUUCAUUCCACUAUUUUUUACAAUUUUGAAUUGUAGCAAAGUCAAUUGAAUAUUGGAUAGCAAAAGUUAUUAGAUGCUUCAUCUUGUUCCUACUUUUUCAAUAUAUAUGUAUAUAUAAAACACUAUUUAAAGUGAAUUCUUGCCUCUAAUGAUCAAGAGGUAAAAGAUUUAAACAUGAAACUUGAGCCAAAAAUGAACCUAUAAAGGCAAAACAGAACGCUCAUAUGCAUAUACAAAUAUACACAGAAAUGCAUACAAAAUUGUAAAAAAGCACUGUGACUGCUCUUUUUUUCUAAAACCAACAUGAAGAAAAACUGCAAAAAUCAAAACCAAUUAUGGAAAACAAGAGACAUUUUCCUCAAUGGCUACGAAGAAGCAAUUACCAAGAAGCAGCUAGCUUUGCUAGUAUUUUUUUUUCAAAAUUCUUCACAUACUAGCUAAAAUUGGCCUUAAACAAAUCUGAUUUUCAAUGUUUCAGUUGUAUAACAAUACCCUCCAUGUCUUCAUUAUAAUAGGAUAUUGGAACAGCUGCUUGUCUAAUGUUAGGCUUUCAUUCAAAAGUGGCCUUGCUGAGACUUCACUGAAGUCAACUUUAUCAGAGGAAAUAACUGAAAGACAAAACAGUUAUUAUAUACUGUAUAGAAGUUUAGAGGAGAAAAUAUUACCUGCUGUGGUUUUAUUUGAUGGUGUUAUUGAUGUUUGCCCUUUGUUAUAUUGGAAGUUUCAAAGUAAGAACUAUUUAAUAAUGUAAUUUACCUACUCUAUUUGCUAAUAAUCUUGCUGCCUGAUUGAUCUUAUUGUAGCUUAAGUCCUGUCCUUCAGCAGGCUUAUCUGCAAAACAUCUGCACGUGCAUUUGUUUUACUGCAUUUUUAAAAUUUUAAAUAGAUUUCAGUUACGGUGAACGAAUUUUUUCUCUCCCCCUUGUCAAUAAAAUAAAAUCAGUGCUCUUUUAUGCAUUCUGUCUGUAGUAGAGUUGCAUACAUCAUGGUUUCAACCUUAAGUUUUAAAGACAUUGUUUAAGCGACAAAUAUAAUCAGGACAUUCUUAUUUAUCAGGUUAUUAAAGUACAGAAUUUUUCCCAUUCCAAUGAUUUGGAAAUUUGAAAGACCCCAUUUUGAGUAUGAAGCAGUUGUUGGGAGUUCAAAAUGAUUAUUACAUAUCACAGUAUACCGUCUCAAUUAUUGUAUCGGAGAUCAAUAAUCAUCUAAAAUGUUCAAAAUAUUAGUUUCAUAUUGGAAAUACAAUGUUUUAAAAUUGAGUAAUUUGAUUUACUCAAAAGUAUCUGAAUUUAAAGUGAUUUGCACACAGUAAUAUGAAAUACACCAAUUUCAACUCAAUUUAGUUAUAUUGCAAAAUGUUUCUUUUCAGUACACUACUAUGUCUUUUCCAGCUGAACAUCUUCUGGACAGAAAAUACAUAUACCGAGCUACAGAUCAUUCUACACUUCUGUUCCAAGUGUUUUGUGAAUUGCAUUUUUUUCCUGUGGCUUGCUCUUUUUGCCCCUGUCAGUAAAUACAAUUCAGUACUCUGCGUUAUUAGGCUGCUGGGUGAAGAGCAGACGAAAAAGCAUUAUUUCCUAAGAAAAAAUAUUGGUGGAGUCUGUAUAGGAAGCCAGAGACCAGGUAGCCUUUGGAUUAAAACUCAUCCCACUACCCCCUCCCAACCCCCCAAAAAUGAUUACUGUACUUGCCCACAACUGCCUUGUCCAAACCCAUCUUUGCUUAACACAUAAGAAAUUUGGCCUUU